AUGGAGAUAGAUAAUCGUUUGAAAGCUUACCGAAUCGUCGGUUAUUCAGCCGUAUCGUUCUCUAUUGUGUCCGUACUGUCGGUAUGUAUCACUUUGCCUAUGGUCUACAAUCAUGUCUAUAGUGUACAGCAACAAAUGUUCAAAGAAGUCACCUUCUGUAAGUCGACAUCAAAAGAUAUUUGGACUCAAGUACAAGAGCUGAAAAAUAUCCCAGUAGCCAGUCACAAUCGUACGGCACGUGCUGCAUCCAACUCGUGUCAAGCUUGUUGUCGGCCAGGUCCAGCCGGCCCACCAGGCGUGCCCGGUAAGGCCGGAAAGCCAGGAAAGGCCGGAGCACCAGGUGGCCCAGGAAAAGCCGGUAAAAUGUCGCAACCGUGCGUUCCACAAACUCCACCACCAUGCAAACCAUGCCCAGCCGGAGCACCUGGUGCCGCAGGACCUCCUGGACCAGCCGGUGACGAUGGAAAGGAUGGACGACCAGGCAAAGAUGGUAAAGAUGGCGCUCCAGGAUCACCUGGACCAAAAGGACCCUCUGGAGAGCCAGGUAGCCCAGGCAAACCUGGUGCCGACGGAAGCGCAGGACGUGAUGCAAAAAGCUCACCACUUCAGCCCGGACCUCCUGGACCAAAAGGUGAACGUGGACCAGCAGGUGAGCCCGGUGACGAAGGUCGAGCUGGCGAUGACGGACAACCUGGACCCGCAGGAUCAAUUGGUGCUCGUGGACCAAACGGAGAGGCAGGAAAUGAUGGCGUACCCGGAGAGACAGGCCCAGCCGGAAAACCAGGACCUAAAGGCGAGAAGGGUGUCUGCCCCAAAUAUUGCUCCACAGAUGGUGGAGUUUUCUUCGAGGAUGGAAGCCGUCGUUAA